AUGGGCAUUUUUCAUGUCGCAACUGAUAAAACUAUGAUAACUAAAUCUAAAUAUGAUGAAAUUGAUGGACUUAAGGCUUGGUUUGGUUGGUUGGUUUGGUUUGUUUACAAUGUGAUGAAAUUCCGUCUGGAUGUGAUUGGCAUUGAUGAAGCUCAAUUCUUUGAUGACCUUUAUGAUUUCUGCUGCAAGGUUGCUGAUUGUGAUGGAAAAUUAAGGACCUUUGGCUCAGUGCUUCACAUAAUACCCCUUGCUGAUUCCGGCAAGCGGGCUUUCUUUACCUUAAGGAAGACUAAUGAGACAAAGACUGCGCUGAUUGGUGGUUCUGAUGUCUAUAUGCCUGUCUGCCGCCAGCACUAUGUCAAUGGGCAGGUUGUCAUCGAAUCAGCAUGGGAUACUCUCGAAUCUUGUAGUAAAGCACAAACGGACUCUUAUCAGGAGGAAGUUGCAGUUGCUUAG